CAUCUGCUUUUGGUUUAGUUUGGUACAUCUAGUUCAAUGAUGUAAAAAUGAUGAGAGUAGUAUUUAUUCGAAGGAUAUUGAGAUUAUCUAGGACUCCACAAACUCUGUCGUACAUUUUCUGACCCUAUCAUCAAGGCGGAUAGUAUUUACUACAGUAAAAUUCCCAGUAUAUUAUGUGUCAUGUAGAGGACCAUUGCCUGAUAGUGUUUAUACUGAAUCAAUGCUUGCAGGGGUGAGGUGACUAAGUGAAAUUGACAACUCUCUUAUCUUAACUAAUGUACUAUGAAGCGAAUUGAACGAUUCAUCAAAAUGCUGAGCGCGGCUGAUAUGCGGUUUGCAUUUAGGUUACUGGUGGUUCUUGUGAUCCAGAGGGUGUUGGAGUGAGCUUUAGAAUCAUUUCUCCAUGUCUUCGAUAUCCAGGACAUUUUUGUGAUUCAGGUCCUAUAGGGUUUUUCGGCAGCAGUAUUUACACACGGAUACAUCAGAAUGAAGUACCCUUAAUACGAUUUACUGUGGUACGAGCUUCAACUUAAAUUACAUUAUUCUUGCAAUUCCUGGUACCGGCGCUAAUGCAAGGAUUUGGACUGGACAUAUAAGCUUCAUUAGCAUCUUCUUUUGGAAUGGGGAAUAGUCUGAUGGAUCUCUGGUGGUGUUGUGGGGGAGCGCGGGACGGGCUCCCUAGUAACGUUACAGAUGACGCAGGGUAUAAGAAGGACAAUUUCUGUACCGGAGAGAAGUCCAGUGGAGAUGGUCAAAGCGUUAUCUGGAUUCACAGUGCAGGCUUUAUGAUAUCGUUUAGCAAAUAUCGUAUUAUUCCGUGUGUGGACACAGUUCACACCUUUAUAAUUGUUUUCUAUCCAUGCUUGAAGUUUGGGUCAAUUAGAUUAUACUUUGGAUGUGUGGAUAUACAUGUAAUCACUGUUUGCUUCUUUGAUGUUAAAACUGUCAACUAUAUAAGUUUUCUUAAAUUAUGGAUCCUAUGCAUUAUAUGUCAUUUACUAUUUUUUUCCUGUUGUUGCUUUCGAAUAUGCAGCAAUAACAUAGAUUCUUCGAAAGUGAAUACGCAUUUUGAGCCAUGUAUUUCCAAAAUUGUGUGA